CGCACCAUGACACAUAGCCGGCUAAUUUGGGUAAUCUGAUUUAUCGUCUCGGUUAAGCGCACGUAACGUUGGCCAGGAUUACCAUAUUUAGUUUUCCAUCUCUAGCGUUUAAUAUCCAUCUGACGUCAAAAAGCCACCCAUUUCAGGAAUGGCAUCGCUUGGGGAGCCCGUGCGGUUGGAAAGAGAUAUUAACCGUGCUGUUGAACUGCUUGAUAAACUCCAGAGGACAGGGGAAGUGCCUCCCCAGAAGCUGCAGGCGCUGCAGAGGGUCUUACAGAGUGAAUUCUGUAACGCUGUCAGAGAAGUUUAUGAACACGUGUACGAAACAGUGGACAUCAACAGCAGUCCUGAGGUCAGGGCCAACGCCACAGCCAAGGCUACUGUGGCAGCUUUUGCCGCAAGUGAGGGACACUCGCAUCCACGUGUCGUGGAACUGCCCAAGACAGAAGAAGGCCUGGGUUUCAACAUAAUGGGUGGAAAGGAGCAAAACUCACCUAUAUACAUCUCACGGAUCAUCCCAGGAGGCAUCGCUGACCGACAUGGAGGACUGAAGAGAGGCGACCAGCUUCUCUCUGUUAAUGGGGUGAGUGUGGAAGGUGAGCACCACGAGAAAGCUGUGGAACUCCUCAAAGCAGCUCAGGGCACAGUGAAGCUGGUUGUAAGGUACACCCCCAAAGUCCUAGAGGAAAUGGAGUCACGCUUUGAGAAAAUGAGGUCGGCGAAGCGCCGGCAACAAAACAACUACCCCCAGUAGGAUUUUUUUAGUUCUGGUGCUCUGCUCCCAUGUCUCUCCUCCUAUAGCCUUCUGGCUAUUUGUUCUGGUCUCUUUCUUAUUUCCCUGCCCCAAAAAGCUUAACAAACACAAAAGUUUAGUUUUAGUUCCUACUCACACAUACUGUUUAUUGUGCUUCUACCCUUUUCUGUAUCAUUUUAAUAUUCACCAUUGUUACACUGGACACUACAACUCUAGACAAACACUAUAAUGAUCAUGAUUGUCAGUGUAGGUGAUCUCUCACACGUGUGCAUUAUUUUCAAAUUGACAAUUUGAAUGCAACUCUGAAUGCUUUUGAGACCAACUACACAAUUCCUUUGACUGGAAAUGUAGUGUUUUUAAUUAUUUUAUCACAGCAGCCAAGUGCCUAAGGGCAAACACGUUUAUCUUAUGUACUGUUUUCACCAUUUAUAUUUUCCUUUUUUUUUUAAUGGUUUAAAAGUCAAGUACUGGUAAUGAAAUGCUUGUUGCAGGAAUUGCUGCUUUGCAUCUGUUAUUCUCAAAUUGGAUGUAAAUACAUGGUAGACUUAUGUAAAACCCUUUUUAAUUGUGCAAACUUAAAGGUGCAGUUUUAUUUUGGCUGCCACUCUACAGGCAUGUCUGGAGAAGGGAAGCUUUAGAGGAGUUGAUGGCAGUUUUAAUUAAUUAAAAAGAGAUGGUUAUAUGUUGAAUAAUAAGGGAAAUAAGGGAGGCUUACCUUUUCUUUUCUUUUUUUAAGUUUUCUAACGUCAUACCACACCAUAAAAAGCUCAGCAGGUACUGUAAGUGAUGUAAUGGGGUCUCAGCAACUUUUGAACUAAAUUCCUGCCUCCACAGAGACUCAGACAUUUCUGCUUUUAUCAAAGUAAUAAACCUUCAUGAGCAAAGACCUUGCUGACAGCAUGACAUGAGAUGAAAA